UCCUUCAAUAUUCAAUACCAUCAUGGAUUUUCUUAUCACUGCUUUGCCUCCCGCAGUGAUAAGUUUAGCAGUAGUGAUUCUUUUAGCAUCGAUUUUCUGGCCGGAGAAGAACAAGAGAUACCCACCUGUUGUCGGAACUGUCUUGCACCAACUAUCCCACCGUCGCACGCUUCACCAUUACCACACUGAGCUUGCAAGCAAACACAAAACUUACAGGAUACUUGACUUGUUCAAAUAUGCAGUGUACACUGCAGAUCCUGCAAAUGUUGAACACAUACUCAAAACCAACUUUGGAAACUAUGGCAAGGGGUCGUACGUGUACAACCUUAUAACAGAUUCUAUGGGAGAUGGGAUCUUCGCUGUGGACGGGGAAAAGUGGCGGCAUCAGAGGAAGGCAUCAAGUUCUCAAUUCUCAACUAAAGUACUUAGGGACUUCAGCAGUGACAUCAUCAAGACCACUGCAGUAAAACUUUGUUGCAUAAUUCAUGAAGCUGCAGCCGGCGACAAACCAAUAGAGAUGCAAGUUUUGUUUAUGAAAUCAACCUUGGAUGCAAUCGUCACGAUUCUACUUGGUAUCGAUCUAGAUACCAUGUCUGGAAAUGAAGAAGGUAUCCGAUUUUCCGAUGCUUUUGAUGAUGCAAGCAGCGCUACCCUUUAUCGUGUUGCUGAUAUCUUCUGGAAGAUCAAACGGUUUUUGAACAUUGGUACGGAAGCAGUUAUAAGCAAAAAUAUAAUAGUGAUGCAUAACUUCAUAUACAAUUUAAUCAACAGAAAGAUUGAAACACUCCAUAAAUCAGAAGAAGAUGAGCAACUUUUAAAGAGAAGAGACUUCAUCUCCAAACUUUUGGAAGCUAAAGAGACUGAUCCAAAGUACUUGAGAGACAUGGUCCUCAGUUUUAUUGCUGCCGGCAAAGACACAACUGCUUCUGCUCUUUCAUGGUUUAUUUAUAUGAUGUGCAAGAAUCUUGAUAUACAAGAAAAGAUUGCACAAGAAGUUAGAGAAGCAACAGGUCUGAAUAAUACUUCAAGCGCCGAUGAAGUUGCAGCCAACCUUACUGAAGAAGUCCUUAGCAAAUUGCAAUAUCUCCAUGCUGCUUUGAAUGAGACACUCAGACUCUAUCCAACAGUUCCAAUGAAUGCGAGGGUUUGUUUUUCUGAUGAUACAUGGCCUGAUGGACAUAGUGUGAGAAAAGGAGAACUAGUGAUAUACCAACCUUAUUCAAUGGGCAGGAUGAAGUAUAUAUGGGGUGAUGAUGCAGAAGAGUUCCGGCCAGAGAGAUGGCUGGACGGAAAUGGGAAUUUCAAGGAAGAAAGCCCUUUCAAAUUCAUAGCCUUCAAUGCCGGUCCAAGAAUUUGUCUAGGAAGGGAUUAUAGUUAUCUCCAAAUGAAGAUAUUCGCUGCCGUGCUUUUAAACAACUACAUAUUCAAGCUCACUGACGAGAAAAAGGUGGUGAAAUACAAGACGAUGGUCACGCUCCAUAUCAAUAGGGGACUUCAUGUUCAUGCCUUUCCAAGAGUUUGAGUAUGCAAGAAUCAAUUUCAUGUCUGGUUCUUGUUUCUUUGAUACAUAGAAAUUGUGGUCAACAACUAGUAGUGGCAUCAAAAAAUAAAUAAAAAACUAGUAGUGGAUGAGCAUUCUCCGUCACUAGAUCAAUGUAUAAUUGUAUACGCAUCAUCGUGCUAAGUUUUAUUACAGUGAAAGAAAAGAAAAAAGUAAUAGAAUC